AAAUUUAAAAGGACAGAUUUUCUUUCUCGGGGAAAUGCGUUAUUGGCUGACGUUUGGCAGUACUGCACUUUCGUUCGCCCGGCACUACUCUCUACUCUACCACUAUGGCACUGUGAGAAGUGAGAGUGUGAGGGGCGAGGGCACGUGAGGGCAUAGAUGAAACGCCGUACAUGGCCGUGCAAGUGCAUCACGUGCAAUCGCGUAGAAAUUUCAUCCGAUCUUGAUCUCACGGUAUCUCCCGUAUAUCUCAAGAAGAACGUUUUGGAAGCCGUUCGGUCGCUGUUCGGAGAGGAGGGAGCUAAGAGUCCCAUAGACGUUCUAAAGAUCUAUCCAGCAAAGCGCAGAUUUAUCCUUCGUUGUCCGUACAAUAGCUACGUCCGACUUCGAGCAAGCCUGACUUUGAGUACGGCAUACGAGGGGAAGACGUGCGUGUACACGGUUCACCGGGCGUCGUCGAAUUUAUUAUCGUUCACUGCCGAUAGUAGGACGUACCAGCACGGAGAAGUCCCUCCCGAAUCUUCGCCAUGCCAUUGAUACGUAAAGAGGGCAAAGACACCAUUA